GUGUUAAAAAACUAGAAACAAGCUGGCAUGGAAGACACCCAUGUGAAAAACAUAUUGAAAGGAAUGCUGCUCAUAGCAACCACAGGACUCAGAAGCUAAUGACCCGCUCCAGCAGUGACAGCAGCUACAACCCCAGGUCCUCAUGCAGUAACGGUGCUGCGUUUCAACUGAAUGACUUGAAAGCAAGAGUACAUAGCAUUGAUGUACCAAUUACCAGACAGCCUGGCCUGCUGUACUCAUUGUCUGCUAAUAGUUCAGAAAGAAAUUCCCCUCCUAUUUGCAGUGAAGGUAGUCGACCCUUGCAAAACACUAGGAAAUCAUCAGAGAUCCUCGUUAGAAAACCUAAAUCAUCAAAACCCAAACCUCCACCAAGGAAAUAUUUUAAGCAGGACUGUACAUGCAAUGACCAGGGUAAUGCAGACAGAAAAGAAAAGCUUGCAUCGGAAGUGGCUGUAUCACCUUCUGUGAGUGUUCAGGAAGUUGAAGAACCAAUGCUAGAGGGACAUCAAACUGAUGUAACCCACAGUGUCUUUACCACUUCUCCUACAGAAUAUGAUACUGAGCACAUAAGUGCUGUUCCAGCAGGCAGAGACCAAGAAAGAAAAGCAGACUUAGGGAAUCCACUUUCAUCAAUACAAAGGCCUGUACUUAAAAGACAAGCACGGGUAGAUUAUAGUCUUGAUACAACAACAGAAGAUCCUUGGGUAAAAAUUUCUGACUGCAUAAAAAGCUUAUUUAAUCCUACCAUGAGUGAAGACAAUGUCCACUUGGAUUUGCAACCCAGCAUCGACACAAACAAAGAGAAGAAAAAUCAAAGCAGCUCAGAGACAGUUCUGAAGAAAUCAGAAUCAGAAAUAGUCGGUUCAAAAGUGCUAAAAUCAGAUGAAAACGACAGUGUGAAAAAGGGUCCUCCUGUUGCACCUAAGCCAGCCUGGUUUCGCCAGAGUCUGAAAGGACUGAGGAAAGGAAAUUCAGGUCUAAAACCACAGGCAAAUCAAAGUUCUCCUGACCUUGAGACUAUUUCCAGCAAAGAACUGCAAUCCAGCUUAUCUCGUGUCUCUCCUAGGGGAUCGUCAAUAAAACAAAGGAUAAGCUCGUUUGAAUCCUUGAGUGCUCCGCAGUCACCUGAAAAAAUACAUCGAAGGUUUAGCCUGAAACCAUCAGUCCAGAAAGAACACUCUCCUACUGCAGCAGCUCUAGCCCAUUUAAACCAAGCUUUUCUCCAGCAUGGUGAAACUAGCCAACAACAGUCACCUGUGGUCAUGGGUACAAAGAGCCUAGAUAGAUCUUCCUCUCCCAGAGAGGUCUUUGCGGCUAGCUCGGAGAAAAACAACAACGUCAUCACUGGCAAUACCUCAGGUCUCUUAACUACAGAAGCCGUUGCAACUUCCCAUCUCGUAUCGGCAGCAAAAGCACACAGCCUGAGAUCACGAAGCUUCCCACUCACUGCUACUCAGUCUUGUGAGAUGAUGAAGCCGUACUAUGAAAAGUGUAGCAAAAUCUAUUCCAUCAGUAGCCAGGUGUCAUCUGCUUUAAUGAAAUCUUUGCUCUGCCUUCCUCAGUCUCCAGCCUCUUCUGGAAACAGCGCAUGGGAAACUCUGGAGACACUGUCUCAGUCCUCUGUGGAGGAGGAUAGGAUUUCUCCUUCACCUGCAAGUGAGAAUCAUCACCUGGACACUGGGUUUUCACUGAACCUCUCCGAGUUGAGAGAAUAUACUGUGAGCCUAGCAGACAAUGAGAAAGAGGAAGAGAAACAGGAACACAGCUCACCUCAAGCAUCUGGUGUGUCAGGGCAAUCUGUCAUCUCUUUGCUUUCCCCUGAAGAACUAGCAAAGCUUAUUGAGGAAGUCAAGUCACUAGAUGAAGCAACCUUAAAGGAAUUUGAUGAUAUUCACGUUACGGUUUUGCAUAAAGAAGAAGAUACUGGCCUUGGAUUCAGCCUGGCAGGGGGCAUUGAUCUAGAAAACAAAGUGAUAACAGUUCACAAGGUGUUUCCCAAUGGACUGGCAUCUCAGGAAGGAACUAUUCAGAAAGGAGAUGAAGUACUAUCCAUUAAUGGGAAGUCUCUUAAAGGUGCAACUCACAACGAUGCCUCAGCAAUCAUGCGACAGGCUCGACAACCCAGACAAGCUGUUGUUGUCACUAGAAAAGCUAAAGAUGGGGAAAAAAACGUCAAUAUUUCCAUUGACUCUAGUACAUCUUCAGUAGCAAGUGAUGCCUCACAAGAGUCUGCAACAGAAGAUACAAUCUGCACUCUAACGCUAGAAAAAACACCUGCUGGUUUAGGAUUCAGUCUGGGAGGAGGGAAGGGCUCUAUUCAUGGAGAUAAACCUAUCACAAUCAACAGGAUAUUUAAAGGGACUACGUUAGAACAAAGCAGCCCUGUUCAGCCUGGCGAUGAGCUAUUACAAGUGCACACAACUGCCAUGCAGGGACUCACUCGGUUUGAAGCAUGGAACAUCAUCAAGGCAUUACCUGAUGGGCCCAUCACAGCUAUCAUCAAGAGGAAGAAUCCAAACUCUCUUACCACCAAGUCAUCUGAAACUUGGUGAGAGGAGGAGUUAGACUACUGCCAAUAUUAUGAACAAAAAAGGAUUUUAUUACUUGCAGCUAUUUGGCUAGUACAGCAAGAUACUCAGAAAGUACAUAUGAAAAGUACACAUGACCUUACUGCCAGUUACAGAGCAAGCUGGCUGGGAUGAAAUAAGCUGUGCACAAAUUAUGCAUGGUUCUUAUUUUUAACAUUCAGAAACAGAUGUUAUAAAGUGUAGAAUUAUAAAAUAAUGACUUUAUUAAUAAUAUACUGGUUGUAAUAAAAUACGUGACACCU